AUUUUUCCGCAGAAAUCAAUCAUUUGCAAUGAGUAGCCCUCGGCUCAGCUCAACAGGCUUUGUGGGAUCCAGCAAGUGGCUGCUCCGCUGCUUCUCAACUAACUCAAGAAAACUUUGGGCAUAUUAGAGACCAAACUCCGUUUUUCUCUCUCAGUAGAUCAAAGUUGCCCGUGAACCGAGAAUACCAUACUUGAAGUAACAUAGGCAUUCACCUUGUUCCUGUAUUUUAGUGAUGGAGCUCAGGUUUAGUCUAUUGGUGUGCUUGGCUGUGUUCAUCGUUACUACUAUAAUGCAUGGCUGUUGUGCAGGCGUCGUGGUGCAAGCUGCCGACCCCGUGGGACCAGAUUACUUCCGCACUGACCUGGGAUCAACAGCAACCCUGCAAUGUCCAGGCGUGCUAAGGUUCAGCUUACCAAUCACCUCAGUCUCCUGGUUUCGCGGAAACAGCACAAGGAUAGCAGUCAAACUGGAUAAUCGCACAUCAGUGAGUUCAGACGGGAAACUGGUGAUUCAGACCGUCAAGAAAGCAGAGCGUGGAUGGUAUUCCUGCCGGUAUACUUCCCCCAGCGGACCUGUGAUAGGCCGUACGCAUCUGACUCUUAUAGAUUUGAGGCUUGACAUCUUUGUCAUUGAUCCCUAUAGAAACGAAAUCACUCACCUUCAAAAUAUGCAGAAGCGCCAGAUCAAUAUCAGGGAGAAUAGGAUCGUUGUAUUCGACGCCAAAUCCACCAGGGGUGACGAUUUAACUCUCCGAGAUCCCUACUGGCUAUUUAAGGGAGCAAGCAAGGCACUGAGGCGGCCAUACUUCUGUUACACUGGCUAUAUAUUGGAUAGUGGAGAGUCACUAUUGCGUAUGGCGAUGCUGACAAGUGUGGCCAACUUCAGUGGUCGCUAUGACAUCAUCGCUGGCGGCCUAAGCACCUACAUAAUCGUGCAGAUCAGAGCUACGGCCGGUGAGCCGGCGAAGAUCCUGUCAAAUGAGAAGGAAGAGCAAUACCAUAUAAGCUGCGAUGAUACGUUCAUGGUCAGGGUCAAAACACAUCCUCCAACCACAAAGCAGACGACGACCACUACUACCACUACUACUACUGUGGUUCCAAGCACAAGUACAUCAGAAAGUACCAGGCGGCCAAACUCGCCUGCGGUAAUUACUACCACCACUAUCUUGUGGCCGGUGUUUGCAGCGGCGGGAAUGUGUGUGCUUUCAUGUUGCAUUAUCGCUGCGAUACUGUGCAACACCAAGAGAGGAGCAAUGACCGCGAAGGGGAUACCGGCCAAGAAAACGAGGUACGAUUAGGAGAAAAAAUCCGUUGCAAUGCUGCAAUCAGCCGGUAUUUCAGUCAUUCAGUCACCCUACCAAGAAGCAGAGUUACAUUGGAUGAAACUCGGUGACGAUGAUAUCGAUUUACUCUCUUUCUGGUGCACCACGUUAGCCUAACGGAAGUUGCUGGCAACAUCUGAAGUCAAGGUUCCAAAGAUGGAUCUCAAGGACAAAAACAGGACCACGUGGGCUAUAUUUGAACAUCCAUUUUGAGCUGUGCAAAAUGCCUAUUGCCGGCACCAUGCAGUCCU